GGUACCCAUAAAACCCUUACUGGCCAUUAGCGUAGGAUAGAAAUCCACUCUCCACACUCCAUUCUCCACUCUCCUAACGCUUGAAGAGUUGAAGUAGCAGUAGAAAUUGAAGAAAGAAACGUAAUUUGGUAAUGGCUGCAACAUCUGCUGCGGUGCUCAACGGGUUGGGCUCACCAUUCUUGUCGGGUGGAAAGAAGAGCCAGAGCUUGCUGCUAUCGUCAACCAUCGGAGCCAGAGACCGUGCUGUCGUUGCUCCUCGGAGUCUGAACGUCACGGCAGCGGCUGCUCCCAAAAAGUCUUGGAUCCCUGCCAUCAAAGGAGGCCCCGCCUUUCUUGACCCCGAGUGGCUCGAUGGCUCGCUCCCAGGAGACUACGGGUUCGACCCAUUGGGUCUAGGCAAAGACCCAGCCUUCCUCAAGUGGUACAGAGAGGCGGAACUAAUCCACGGGCGAUGGGCCAUGACUGCCGUGGUGGGGAUCUUCGUAGGCCAGGCCUGGAGUGGAAUCCCAUGGUUCGAAGCCGGUGCAGCCCCAGGGGCACUCGCACCCUUCUCCUUCGGGUCUCUAUUGGGAACUCAGCUUAUACUGAUGGGUUGGGUUGAGAGCAAGAGAUGGGUUGACUUCUUCAACCCGGAGUCUCAGUCGGUGGAAUGGGCGACUCCAUGGUCGAAGACGGCCGAGAACUUUGCGAAUGCCACCGGCGAGCAGGGCUACCCAGGUGGGAAGUUCUUCGAUCCAUUGCAGGUUGCAGGAACCAUCAAGAACGGUGUGUACAUCCCUGAUGAGGAAAAGCUGGAGAGACUAAAGCUUGCAGAGAUCAAGCACGCUCGGCUUGCCAUGGUAGCCAUGCUCAUCUUUUACUUCGAAGCUGGCCAAGGGAAGACACCCCUUGGUGCCCUUGGCUUGUAAGAGCUAAGAGCUAAGAACUAAAACAUGUCUGUAAAGAUUGAAAGUUUGUCAUUGAAUUAGAGACACCAAACCCACACUUCAAUGUGCUCUGCCUCUUAUAAAGCACCUCUUAAAUUGUCUAUGUUUACCUUUGAUAUCCAUUCUUUCGAGUUCUGGGAUUCUUCUUUCUUAGGCACAACCGAAAGGAUUAUCACCUUCUUUUGUAAUGGGAAAAGGAAGUAUGCACUGUCCUUGUGCUGAUUCCAAUAUAUUCCUUACAUAAUAAACAAUGGGCCUGCAUUGAAACUUUCUCCUA